ACGAGACACUUGCUGACACGCCACGCACACGCCAGGCUGUACACGCCAGGCACAUGCCAGGCUGUACUCGUAGCACACGUCAAGUCAUACACAUAGCACACGCCAGGUCAUACACGCAGCACACGCCAGGUCAUACACGCAGCACACGUCAGGUCAUACACGCAGCACACGUCAGGUCAUACACACAGCACACGUCAGGUCAUACACGCAGCACACGUCAGGUCACACACAGGUCAUACACGCAGCACACGUCAAGUCAUACACGCAGCACACGUCAGGUCAUACACGCAGCACACGUCAGCUCUUACACGCAGCACACGUCAGCUCUUACACGCAGCACACGUCAGCUCUUACACGCAGCACACGUCAGGUCACGUCAAGUCAUACACAUAGCACACGUCAAGUCAUACACACAGCACACGUCAGCUCUUACACGCAGCACACGUCAGCUCUUACACGCAGCACACGUCAGGUCACGUCAAGUCAUACACAUAGCACACGUCAAGUCAUACACGCAGCACACGUCAGGUCAUACACGCAGCACACGUCAGGUCAUACACGCAGCACACGUCAGGUCAUACACGCAGCACACGUCAGCUCUUACACGCAGCACACGUCAGCUCUUACACGCAGCACACGUCAGGUCACGUCAAGUCAUACACAUAGCACACGUCAGCUCUUACACGCAGCACACGUCAGCUCUUACACGCAGCACACGUCAGGUCACGUCAAGUCAUACACAUAGCACACGUCAGGUCAUACACAGGUCAUACACGCAGCACAUGUCAAGUCAUACACAUAGCACACGUCAGGUCAUACACAUAGCACACGUCAGGUCAUACACGCAGCACACGUCAGGUCAUACACAUAGCACACGUCAGGUCAUACACAUAGCACACGUCAGGUCAUACACGCAGCACACGUCAGGUCAUACACAUAGCCCACGUCAGGUCAUACACGCAGCACACGUCAGGUCAUACACAUAACACACGUCAGGUCAUACACACAGCACAUGUCAAGUCAUACACACAGCACAUGUCAAGU